AUGGAUUCAGCUUUAACUGGCAAAACAGCUAAAGCAAUGGUUCAAAGGGGAGGUCUAGAGUCCGUAUUGGAGAUCAGAGCCCUCAGCAGACCCCUGGAUCUAGGCACGCUCUACAACGCCAGGACAGACCAGAUAAUACCAGGAAUCGGCCUCUGGAAUAGUGAAGACAUCAAAGUAAAAACACUCGUCAGUCCACAGCCCCAGACAAGAUUCCAGGUUUCUGUUUCUGAGCUCCUCAGUGAGAAGACCAGUCUCUUGGAUGUGGGCGUCUCAGUGAAGGCCAGCUUCCUCUGUGGGCUGGUGGAGAUAGGAGGUUCCGCCCAUUACCUCAACGCGAAGACCUCCUCCACACGUCAGUGUAGCACCAGCCUGCACUACCAUGUGACCACCGUGCAUAAGGAGCUCAUGAUAAAUGAACUGAAAGUUCAGAAUCCUGAGGUCUUUGACAUGAUGGAGGCAACACACGUCGUGGUUGCGGUGAAAUACGGAGCUGACGCGAUCAUGGAUUUCCAAGAAAAAGCCAGCGAUUCCUCAAAGAAGCAGGAAAUACAAGCCAACUUAUCCGUGAUGAUCAAAAAGAUCCCAUUAAUUGACAUCAGCGCGGAGGGAAGCUUAAAGAUGAACGAUGAAGACAAGGAGAAGGUGAAGAACUUUAGCUGCAAGUUCUACGGUGACUUUAAUCUGUCAGAAAUCCCUACUACAUUUGAGGAGGCCGUUAAGGUGUACAGGAAACUCCCCACGCUGCUGGGAGAGAAUGGAGAGCAAUCUGUGCCUGUUAAGGUGUGGCUGUACCCCCUGAGUCGACUCAGUAGGACUGAGUGCAAGCUGAAGAACAUGAUCCCAGAGACACUUGUGUCUCAGUUGAUGAAGGUCAUGGACGAUUUCCACCAGGCUAAGAUGAGAACCAAUAACCUCAUAGAGAAGAGCAAUGACAUCAAGACUGAAGAUGUUGUCCACAAACUGGAGCAGUUCCAAAGGAGUCUGGAUGACUUCACCAAUGAAUUUCAGCGGAAAAUGGCAACUCUGAUCCCAGCCAUCAGAGAAGGCAGCAUGAAGGACACUGCCCUGAAAGACCUCCUGAAGGCCCAAGAUGCAUCUGGUUUUAAUGCUAAGGAGAUGGAUAAGUGGCUGGAUGGAAAGGAGACCGAGCUCAAAAUUGUCAGAUCGCACAUUGAGAAAAUGAAAGAUUGUGAGAUUAAACCCCCAGGCCCAGAGCUUGACUCCUUCCUCAUGAACACAGGCGUGAAUCACACUUUCGUGUUCAGCUUCACUUCGUUGGCAGAUGAGGAACCGUACCUGAAAAAGAUCUCACAGGCGGCAGAGAACUUCAUGAAUGGUGGCACCAGCAGCACAGACACCUCAGAGGAAGUUCCCUGGUACCUAAGACCAGAUGUCUGGGAGACUCUUAAUUCCUCCGUCACUCGUUUCACCGAAGGUCCACCACUUCAAAACAAAAUAAUCAGUUUCAUCUCAGAUCUGGAGCAUCCAGGGGCUUCCAUCCGCUGGUAUCUCCACAGGGCCCUGAAGGAUCCACACGUCACAGCCCCACUCCUGAAAAAGUAUUCAGAACUUCUCAGAGUUCCAGAACUCAUAGAGCCGAUUCCAGAACUCCUGAGAGAUUCCUGA